AAAAUCUGCGGCCCUGCCAAGCGGAAACGGCGAAAACGCUCGCAAUGGCCGAGCCUCUGCGGCCCUGGGUGCGGCCUGGUGGCCGUGCAGUGCUGGAAGGUUUGAAGUCCAGGCCGGAGCUGAACGGCCAAGAGGUGACCAUUCAGGUUCGUGAGGUGAGCAGCGGUCGCUGGCGAUGCAAAGUCGCACCCUUUGGUGAGGAGAUGAAAUUCAAAGCUGAGAAUCUGGCGGAAACGCCUGAGAAAAAUGAACCCAUCUCAGUGGACGCCAACUGGCUACGUCGUGGGGUGCAGGCGGCCGUGAAAGACUUGCCGGAGCAUGAGGGUCAGGUGGUCCGCGUGGUCACCGUGGAUGGGGACACCGGGCGCUGCAAGUGCGUGCUGCGCACCUCUGGUGAAGCCAUUGAGGUCUCGCGGAAAAACCUGCGGCCAUUGGCGAAUGCUACUGCCCCAGAACCCACGCCAGCGCCAAAAGCGGAGAUGCCCAAAAAAGGUGGAACCGACUGGGCGGCCGUUGAGCUGGAAAGACGCAGACUAGCUGAAGGCUUCAGGUCUGGAUUCGAAGAAGGUGCCUCUGUCACCAUGGAAGGGUUACAAUCCAUGCCCGAACUCAACGGCCAGUCUGGUAAACUGCUCACCUGGGAUGGUCAGUCAAUGCGCUGGCGAGUGCACAUCGAAGGUGUUGGCAUUAAGUCCUUCCGGCCUCAGAAUCUCAUACCACAGGAGAGCGGCCAGAAACGCAAAGCCAAGAAUGGUUCCAGCGACCAGAAUGGUGCGAAGGAGGAACAUUGUGAGACUUCGCCAGAAAAGAAGCAGCGGGUGGAAGACUCCGGGGUGCCUGUUUCAAAUGACUGAUGCUGUGAGUUUCAUUUCCACCAUGCACCAUCCAAGUAGCUGCAGCUGGGAUCAACAUGGGUCGAUCUAAAUCCCAGACGGUGCAAAGGCAGCCGGCAAUGCUGAGAUAUCAC